AUGGACACUUUCUGGCAGACUUGUCCUUACACUGCAGCUGCGCUGGUUUGUGGAGUCAAGGCAUCGGCGGCAGACAUGAUUGCUCAAAAGUCAGUACUGACUCCUACACAAGAAGAACCUACAGUAGUAGUAGAAGUAGAAGAAGAGUUUGAUUUGGAUGUCAAGAGAAACGUGGCGUUUUUGCUGUACGGCAGUUUGUACCAAGGAAUGGUACACGAAUUUGUGUUCAAUCACUUGUAUCCUGUCUGGUUUGGGACUGGAAUUGACCUGCAGAUUGUACUGACAAAAGUAUCUUUCAAUCUAUUCAUUCAAACCACACUAGUCACUCUACCAGUGGCAUACAUACUCAAAGCACUGGUCAACCAAGUAGCUACAGAUUCAGAUUCACAACAAGAAUCUACAUCUACACAACCAGCACAAUCACAACCACAACUGCAAGUAAAAACACAAGAACCAAAAGUACUCCAAUCUGCAUUUGACAAGUACUGGCAUGACAUUCAACAUCAAAACUUGCUGGGAAAGUGCUUUGCCAUUUGGGGACCUGUGCAGUGUCUCACGUUCACUGUCAUUCCAGAACACUACCGAGUCACCUUUAUUGCCAUGGUCUCUUUCUUUUGGCUCAUUAUACUCAGUCAAAUCAGCAGCAAUGAUGAGGAUGUACAUGCCCAACAGGUCACUACUACUGUACAAAAGACUGAUUGA